AUGCGUUCCUUCGGAUCUGCCACCACCGCUUUUGUGAUCAUAGGCUUCUUCGCCCUCACCACAUUCUCAGCUCCAUCGCCGUGGAACCCGAACAACUGGUCACCAAAGCCGAAGCCAGCGCCAUCACCAUCGCCAGUAGCCCCAGCAACCCCCGCUACCACCACCACGACGAGCUCCUCUGGCGGCACAGGAGGCACCAGCGGUUCCUCUGGCUCGGGCUCGGGCUCCUCUGGCGCCGGCUCUGGUACCCCAGGAUAUGCAACCAUCGUCAACAAAUGCAACUUCGCCACCUACGUUUACGUCUGCAAACAGCAUCCAGCAACCUGCGGCUCCACAGUCCCUAUUAAAGCCAACACAGGGACUUACUCUGAGGCUUAUGCCGCGUCGAGCGAUGGGGGUCAUUCGCUGAAAAUCUCCGUAACGAGCGGUUCGGGGAAUAUUCUGCAAUUUGAGUAUACGAAUGGGGGAAACGGGGACAUCAGCUAUGAUCUCAGCGAGGUCAACGGGAAUCCGUUUGGGACCUGGGGUUUUAGUCUUACGAAUACGACGACGGACUCGUUUUGCGGUCCGCCGGCUACGGAUUGCCCGGCCAUCUUCACGGAUCCAACGAAUGGCAUUCCGUAUACUGCAACUACUUCCGAUGGGGUUGGUGCGAUACUUUGCGGGUAG